AUGAACCUGUCUGCGGCAGUAGGGGAGCCAUUCCGACUUAUUCCACCGCCCGGCACUCAAUCAAUUCAGCGGCAUGUCAAGCGGGCGCCGCACGCCUUUGAACCCCCCAGUAGAUGGGAGUAGUACAGUAGCAUUGGAUGGGGACGCCUCCCAACACCCUCCCCUUCUGUCCAUCCCUAUACCCAUUGUCCUGUCUUUCUGAUCCAUGGAUCGCCGUGGACCGCCCUUUCAGCGAUGAGCCCACGGCCUUGGCCCUGGAUUCGAUUACUGUCGACCCGCUGUCCACACGUACAAGCCUAUUGGACUGGCUGCCUGUUCCAGGGUGCUUGUCCUUGACGGCUGGAACUUACGCGACGAACCCCUCUUGGCAAAAACCAAAUCGUUGAACUUAUGUCGAGAGGUGUUAAGACCGUUCUAUCUCCACGACCAGAGUGAUGGGCCUAAUUAGACUGUACCGUUUAGGUCGAGGAUUUACGAGACUGCGUGGCCCCUAACGAUGAGCUUGGCUCUCGCCGACCAUCUGCGCUUGCUCUUGGCGGCACGGAAAACACGCUAUGUAUCACGCUCAUUUUGACUCGUGCUAUUGGAUUGACGCGCUUGUAACAUUAUGCCAUUGGAUUGGGCCUCAGAAGGGCACGACUACUAAGUUGCGGUUUCUGCACAGCCAAGGAGACGGCUCCUUCUCGUUUGCAUCGACCGCUCACUCGUUGAGCCCAGAGAGAAGCGAGCGCAAGGAUUCGAAUCCCACGGCUUUCUUUGGACUCUUCCCGUCUCUCUCGCCUCUGAGCAUAGCUCUCCUUUCAGGGAAACAUUCGAAAACCAUCGAUUCGUAGUUGUCAGCCAACUGCCGCCUGCAAAGCAUAGCACCCGGUUUGCGCGUGUUCCAUCGCGUGCAAUAUCCAGUAUGCAAACCAACUUCACAAGCAAGGUCCAAGGUUCAGAAUUGACGCGUUAGCGCCAGGCGUCAAAUCUCGAUGCCAGCAGGGUUUCGGCUUUUAAACCGCGAGACGCAUACGCAGCACAAGCGAUCAUUGGCAACCGUCAAUCAACCUGAAGCAUAGCAUAUAACUGGCAAAUGGAUCAUGUUGCGCCUCUCUACCCUUUUAUCGCUUGACAAAACUGGUCUGGUAUUCCAAAUACCCGCCAGCCCCAGCCCCAGCCCAAUCUCAGAACGUUUCGGCUGUCGUCUCAUUGUGCCGGUCCAUCUUUGGUAUGAUGUGUUGAGCGGUGGGAUCUAUUACCAUGACCCGCUUGAAUUCGACGUGAGAGGAGAACCCACCCAUUUGAUGGAGCCUUACAAGGUGGGUGCGCGCGCACUCAUGACCCCAUGUCAGCUCUAGCCGUCGCAUGGGUACCUCGCUGGCCUGGUAAGGCAAUCGACAUGGGUGUUAAACACGCUGCUGGUCAACUUCAAAUCAAUGGGUGCUUGUCCUUUCCCCGCUACGCCACACACCAACACCAUGACUUCUGGUCCCUUGGGCCAUAACUACUGGACUUCUUUCUCUGAACACGCCCCCCAGCCCUUCGUUACCCAAGCUCUUUUCCCCAUACCCUUCCAAUGGUGCCACUCCCGCAAUCAUUAUUCACCCUUGUCACCGGCAUGUUUUCUCAUUGCUCAGCGUACGCUAUAUGGGGCAUUCUACACAGCACUGCAAUUCAGACCCUUGUCUGGUACUGCCCUGUACAUGGUUCCAUGUCACUCAAGCCUUCUUCGAGGAAGGUUUCCUGUCAGUGUUCCUUUACUUCGUCAUGCACGUCCAACGGGAUUAUGUACUGCCCUCUUCAUAUAAGUCGGCAUCCUGUCCCUGGCCGUGUUUGGGGCUCAGAUGGUCCAUAGAUAGAUCACCGCUUUAUAACCAAGCUUUUCGAGUCUUCGUCUCUAAUCAGCUUCACAAGGUGUUGUUAUAAGCCUCGCUCCCUUACUUAUUAAUCGCACCUCGCAACCAGAAGACCACUCUAUCAUCGGCUUCAUAGCUCUUUGACUUUCCGUAUGUCUCAAUCCGAGUCUCUAUACCUUCCCUUGUCCCCUCCAUCCUCAGUCAAGAUGGACUCGAACACGACAGAUGGAACCUGUGACGACCCGAGCUCACCUCCCACCAGAUCAACUGUUGGUAGGCAAGUCUCUGUUAGUGGGGAGUUCGUCCUUGGCUCAAACAUAAGUGCCUCGCCGCAAACUCACACCCUCGAAAUAUCCCCUCGGCCUCCAGUUCCCUCGCCAAACCAUUACUCAUCCACGCCCUACUUGAACACUCCAAACCCCGAAUCUACUUACCUCUCCACAUCUGCCUCUCAAUCAUAUUCUCAGUUUCCAACCUUGGCUCCAGCAGGCAUUGAUUCAACUUGGAGUCAACCAGACCAAGCUCCGGAGGGACCAAGAUCAUUGAUUUCCUUUCCUCAAGAGGACAGGCAUCUGGUACCGAACUCUCGUCAGGCAGGACGAUCGACCAGUAUGAGCACUGUUGCUAUCCAAUUUGAUCCAGCCUUUACCAUGGGACCUCGAUCAGCUUUCACAUGGCCAGGUCCCCUUGAGACAAGUAACUCUGGAAACAGUUUGCUAAGUCCUGGACUGCCUUCAAUGGGACAUGUUUCUGGGAGCAGCCUCACACCCCCACCACAGUCGAGAUCCGUGACCUCGAGCCCCCCACGACUGUCUCUUUCGGCAGACCAGCGAGAAGUCAAACGGCAGUCAGAUAGGGCACGUCGAGACUCGAGGCUGGUGAACAGAAUGCGCCGCGCUAACAGUAACCCUUACGUCGAUUCUGCGCCUUCGGCUUUGGGGCUUGCCACUACCACAACAGCUAUGAACAUCUCAGCCUAUACAACGGCACCUGCUCCCGUGACUCUCAUGAGCGAUACUCCGACUACAAUAAGCAGUUCAACGUAUCUUCAAUCUUACAGCCCAUCCCUCGAAGACCAGCAACCGCAAUCCGCACCUGUUUAUCCUACCUCAUACCCACAAGGCUUACAAGCAAACUAUAAUAUGCCCGUGGAUUAUGCAGCAGUUUAUGCUGGAUCUAGUCAGUAUAGUACUCGAUCACCGCCUGUACCUGUUGGUCAAGAUGUUAGUUUUAUGUAUCAGGUACCCACUGUCCUAGGCCCUGGAGGCUCAAACACACAAGAAGCGGGACAUGUCAGAGUCGUGCAAAGUCGGCCGAAACCGCGAUGCUGGGAACACGGGUGCAAUGGACGACAGUUCUCAACUUUCAGUAAUUUGCUGCGACAUCAGCGCGAAAAAUCUGGCCAAGCCGCAAAGGCUUCCUGCCCUAACUGCGGAGCCGAGUUUACGAGAACUACUGCACGAAACGGACACCUACUUCACGACAAGUGUAAGGGUCGACGAAACUCAUGAGUCGAAUACGUUUAAAUGAACGAAUUGUAUAAAAUCAGCAACGCGAGUAAGCAGGUCGGAUGCGAUUCUUGCUGCAACGUUCGUGGCUCAGCCUCGAACUGAACCGGAUCUGGCGUUAGUGGCUUAUGGUCUACCAACAACAUCACAAUUAUUGGUAUAUUGCUUUAAAAGACGGCGUAUUUUUGUCAGUUACAAGGACUCGAAAAGAUCGGGUCCUGCAGUCUGAAUUGUUAAAGCUAAGGGGUCGGCCGGCUGGCGUUGUUUGUAUGUCAUCAGCCAUCAGAUAUCGUUCGCAUCAUGAAACAACUUGGGAUGUCUGAAGGGGCAAGGACAUACUGUUAUUGGACGACCUCCGGAGCAUAUUGGAUUGGAGUCUACCUUGAGCCAUUCUUUGUAUUCUUUUUUUUUUUUCACCAAUACCCCCGUAUAAGAGGCUGGUAUGGAUGGAGUCGUACUAUCCUUCUACUUCUAUAUGUAUCUAUUCUCCUUCAUUUGGAAGCAGCCUAUAACGCUUUGUUUUUAAACACGGAUUCACGAUGGGGAUGUUUGACGCAUAGUCACCAUAUCACAGCGUUAGGGGACGAACCUACAGCCAGCAGUAUUUAGUGUAUGCCGUUUCAGGCAUUUGGCAGCUUAGCAACUCGCUACCAAAAAAGCGCGGUACGUAGGUAUACCGGUACAGGCUAAGCUAGAAUGGAUGACAGAAGUAAGCAAAUUGACGAGUGCAGUAUGCAAGAAUCGAAUGAGGCAUCGGAUUUGAAACAAGCCAACCGUACAGGGAGGACGGGAUGCCCCAGACUACUGGGAAGGGGAUGUGAGUCCGAAGCAAAUGAUCGUCGCGGCACUCAAGCGAGGCAAGCCCACCCUUGGCUAAGUGACCAGGUUUAGAGAACACAGCCGCGCCACAAAUAGCAUGGACCAGGUCAAGAACACAAGUUGGCUUUAACGGGUGUGCCUGGCUUAUGAGGGAUAAUAAUUAGUAGGAUAAGUACUCCGUAGUUCUAGACGAGUUUUAGUGCCGUCUUACGCGGACGCAUAGCUCCACGGUGUGAGAAGGAUUUAUUCAAAUGGAAAUAUUGGUAACGGCAGUAAACCGAUCGCUGAUUUUGAAAGUUCAAACAAAUUGAUAAGCCAGCU